CUUUUUAUUGUAACUAAUUUAGCCAAACUGUGGAUAAAGUCAAGUUAGACUGAAAAAUAUGUGUGCAACAGCAUGUUCUUUUUGUAAGAAAAGUGCUUCUAAGCUAGUCACGCAUUUUUUAUGCGACUGCUGUUUGGUGCAUUUGGAAUGCUGCGAAGCAACUCCGGAAAACAAUUGGUCCGGUUUCGCAAAGUGCAUCAUCCCGGAUGAAGAUGCGAAUGGGAUGGUCGAUUGCGAAAUCUGCCUUGAUAAGUACCCGGAAGAUGAAUUGAAGGAGCACCAGGAAACGUGUACGGCACGAUUGGUGUUUCGAUGUUCCGUUUGCGACGGAGACUACGUGAGCAAGGAAGGACUGUGGAAUCAUCUGGAUUUCCACGAGAUUGCAGAUGAAAGCAAAGAAUCGCACUACCAGGAAAUGAGAGCCACAUAUAAGCUGUAUCAAUGCGUACUGUGCAACGACCAACGAGGUUAUCAGGAGAGCAUCUACUGGCGGCAUGUUCACGAAGAUCACGAUGGCUUCUUUCUGCGGUGCUUGGAUUGUGGAGCAAACUUCCGAUCUGAGAAGCGAAAAACAGACCACGCUCUCAGCCAUUGCAACACUAGGGAACAAAUAGAAGCGUCAGACUCUACUGGAUCUGAAAUGUCCACGAAAUAUCGUGAGCAGAAAUCUGCGAACCGACCAGAGAAAUCUAAUUUUCACAAAAACAAUGGUGAUCUUACGAACGUUGAUUAUCAGUUCAGUGAAGAUCCAUCGAUAGGUAAUUGUGAUGGUGGUAUAGUUGAUAAUGAUACCAAGGAGUUCAAAAUUGAAGGGGAAAUCUCACAGCAAAUGCCCACCGUAUCAACCGAUAAAAAGUGUUCAUACUGUGAUAAAGAGUUUAACGAUGCAAUUAUCCUUGCUCGUCACAUUGAAUACUGCCAUCAGCCGUUCACGUGCGACAUCUGCGGAAUGACUGCCGAGAAAAGAAACCAAAUCCGGUAUCAUAAGCUGAUAACUCACACGGAACCGAGCUACAAAUGUUCUGGUUGCCCGAUGGUAUUCCACUUCAAUUCUGCAUAUCAGCGUCAUUUGACCAAACAUGAAAAGGAAAAAAAGGUUCCCUGUGCAUUAUGUGGUAAUAAAUUCAAAAGUAAACCCGGGCUUGCGUGGCACAUGAAGCGAUUCCACAAUUUGAGUCAAGCUACAGCUGAACUUGACACGGACUGCAACGAGCAAGAGCAAGAAAACGGAAAAGAACUACUAGCCGAUAAUAUUCUACCGAAAAAGGAAAUUACUGUAACGGAAACAUCUUUUCAACUUGUAGUUCAUGAUGUUUGUCCAGCGGUAGAUGAUAAACCUUUACAAGUAGAUGAAAAAAUUCACCAACCAUCUGAAGAGAGCUCAUUUGUGACCGACGAGAAGCAAUCGUGUGAGUCUCUCAAGGUAUCUCAAAUCAAACAGGAUAUACCUGACGGAACAAGUAAUAUAAAGUGCACUUACUGCCCAAAAGAAUGUCACGAUAAAAAGGAUCUCAGUCGUCACUAUAUCUAUUGUCACAAGCCAACUGAGUGUAAAAUAUGCAAGAAAACGUUCAAUGGCACAUCAACUUAUCGGUAUCAUAAGUUAAUAACUCACACCGAACCGCGACACAAAUGCCCUCAUUGCCAGCAGUCGUUUCACCAGAAAAUCGGCUAUCGGCGUCAUUUAUCUGUACACCAGAAACAAAGGGAGACGCCCUGCGACUUGUGUGAACUUAAAUUCAAAAAUUUAGACCAUGUUAAAUUGCAUAAGAAACGGGUUCAUAGCGCGAAGAAGAUGGAAGAGAAAAAGAUACCCUGCGAAAGGUCCUCGCCCUUAACCGGUUGUCCUCUCUGUGGAGACAAUUUCGAUGAUGAACAUCUGCUAAGCCAACACGUCGGAACGGUUCAUCAGAUGACCGUUUGUACUUGUUGCGGGAUGACUUUCACCAGCACUCGUCAGCUUAAAAAUCACAAGCAAAAACACCACUCCAUACCGAAGUACAAUUGUAACCAAUGCCAUCAGGCGUUCAACACGCGAAAUUUUUUCUACAAGCACAUGGCUGCACACGACAAGGAAUCAAAGCUGCACUGCACUAUUUGUACUCUUCAAUUUGAAGAUAGGCCGGCGCUGCAGAGUCACAUGGCAAUCGACCACAACAUCGUUCCGGAACGGGUUGUUCCCCAGUGCACGUGUUCCAUUUGUGGAGUCACUAUUGCCGGUCGAAUUAGGCUUCGGUAUCACAUGCUGAAAUGCCACACUGAACCGAAAUUCCCGUGUUCACAUUGUCCUAGAAAGUUCGUCACGAAGGGCAACUACUUGAAUCAUUUGCAAUCUCACAAAAGUUUAAGAAAGUUUCCAUGCAAUUUUUGCAAUCUUAAAUACAAACGCAUGCAUCAUUUAAUAGCUCACAUCGAGAGUCGCCAUGGCAGUGACCAGUCCGUUCAUGUUCUUCAAGUUCAUCAGGAUAAAAGUCAGAGCAAAACCUGCCACGAAGAAUCUCUGGUGGCAUGUGAGGGAAUCGAUAUCAAGCAUGAAAUUCUGGUGGAUGCCACGCCAAUCACACCUGCUAGUUCGAGUGCAACGGAAUGCUCGCAAUGUCACAUGAUGUUCAGUAAUGCAAACGAACUCCAAGAUCACCUAAGAGUCAGCCAUCGAUCGAUAGAAUGUCUAAUUUGCGGACUUAGUUUUGCCAGCGCAGCCAGACUAAGGAACCAUAAGCUAUUAUCUCAUACUAAGCCUCGACUGAAGUGCUCUCACUGUCCAAAGAUGUUCCAUUAUCAUUAUUCGCUCGAACUACACGAAACGAGGCACAAUAAAAUCAAAGACAACAAACCUAUACAAUCUCUAACAGAGCUAAGGCAAAGGCCCAAACCAAUCCGAACUCCAAAAACCGGUUUUGUUUGCAAAUUCUGCAACAAAACGUAUCUGGAUGAAUUUCGGCUAGAACGUCACAUUUUCUAUAACCAUCGCAGUUCAGCAAUCCAGUGCGAACUUUGCGAUCUCAAGUUUCCUUCCCGUGCUAAGUGGUAUUACCAUAAGAUUAAAACUCAUACAGUACCCCGCUUCAAGUGUCCACAAUGCGGUAUGAUGUUCCAUGUGCAACACCGCCUUCGGAAGCAUUUGGCUGUCCAUACAAAAGUUCCGAAGCACGCACGGAAAUCCAGCACGGAGGAAAAGGAUUAAUAGGAAGUUUGGUAAGGUAAGAUUAACUGAUAUAUUUUUUUUAAAUCAAGAGUAGAGAC